AUGAAAAAAAUCCAAGCCACGGAAAGUGGGAGGGGUGGAUGCUCUCCUCCUAUUACAGAUGGACCCACUAAAACCCCAAUCAUGUCUAUGAAGCGACCAAUCAUCCUCAAUAAACCUGCAGAGGGAAUAUCGCAUUCCGUUAACGUCUGCUCAGUGCAUUCGUGUAGCCUCUUCAUGCAGGACAUAUGUGAAAAAGCACAGGACGAGUGGUUAUUGAUGAAGUUGACAAGCGACACUAAAUCAUCGUCAGCUGCCAAGACCAUCGCUUCGGCCAUUUCUAGCAAGCUGGGUGACUCUGUUGAAAAAAUGUUCCAACUAGGAAUGCCAAGAUCCAGUUAG